AUACGAGGAAAAUAACCAAAAUCUGGCAGACAACAAUGGGACUCCCAAACACCGAAACCCAGAUUUUCACACUCUUCAUCUUCGUCUUCUUCUUUCAACUAUUCCCCAUUGUUCUCACUUUCCCAAUUUUGCCCAACUUGAAUCCACUCCGGAAACCAAACUUUCAACAACCUCAGCCGGAGACCCCCCUGCCGCCGGCCCCCCAGUCGCCUCAAUCAGAGCAUCAACAAUUCCUCACUGCCCACAACGAGGCCCGGGCCCAGGAGGGUGAACCCCUUUUUGUCUGGAAUGAAACCUUGGCCUCCUACGCUCGCGCGUGGGCCAACAAGCGGAGCGAGGACUGCCUUAUGAUCCACUCCUUCGGGCACUACGGCGAGAACAUCUUCUGGGGCGGCAGAGACCACUGGAGUCCCCUGGAUGUCGUCAAGUUAUGGGUGCAGGAACACAGGUUUUACGAUCGGAAGACCAAUGCUUGCCUCCCAGGGAAACUCUGCGGCCACUAUACACAGGUUGUAUGGAGGGAUACGGUCAGACUAGGAUGUGCCCGAACCAAAUGUUCAAACGGUGGCGUCUUUGUUAUAUGCUCCUACGAUCCUCCUGGAAAUUACGUUAAUGAAAACCCAUUUCAGCCGAAUAACAACAACUAACAAUCACAGUAGACCAUCUCCGGCAAACCAAUCUUCUCUCUAGCUUAAUUAAUUGUUUAUUUUAUAUUUUAUAUUCUAUUUAUAGUAUAUUG